ACGAAAAUCGAUCGGUAUGUGUACCGUAUUUCACCUGCCUACCAAUAAUCGUACGGAACCACCGUGUACUGCUCAACAACUACAAGAAAAGAAUUUUGUUUUGCUUCGAUCACAAAAAAUAAUCUGCGAAUAGUACCAUACCUAUCUGAACAAAAGAUAAAGGACCAAAGCACCCUUUGCACGCACGCACAUACAAUCACAUCUCCUCCUCUCCACAGAAUAAUUCACGAUGAUGAUCGAUACCACCCAUCGCCCCGAUGCCGUCCCAUUUCCAAUGGAAUUUAGCCCUAUCGUAACCACCAAAAGAAUGCCAAGAAAAAGGAAGAACGUUUCGUUUUUCCCAAAAGUAUUUGCCCAGCGUACGCUUCACCGAAUAGAUUUCACGGCGGAAGAAAUGCAAAACACGUGGUACAGCACGAGCGAGCUCCGAGAAAUCAAGAAAUCCAGCAAAAUGCUCGCGAUCAAGCUCUCGGUGGCGACGACAACGGACGACGGCAACGACGAAACCAGCGAUUGCCUCCGCGGUCUCGAGGGGAGAACGCUCUCGGGGCUGAAGACGAGGCGGAGGACCAAGGCCAUCGCCAGAAAUGCAGUCCUCCGCGAGCAAAGCCGCCAGCGGAAGUGGGGGCUGGUAGACGCCGACCGGAUCGCGGACGAGUACUACGAAUGCACAGAAUGCAGCUCGUUCGCGGCAAACAUGGUUGGCCUGCGGGACCAGGCGGCGGCCAAGGAGUUGCACAACGAACCGGCCGCAACGGCACCGAUUGGUGCCUCUCUACCCCCGAUCGCCACCAGCGGUCCCGGGGCUUGCCGCCGCAAAUCGAUGGCCGCAUCCGCGCUGGGCGAUAGCGCCAGAAGCAUCCAGAGAAUCGCGUCCAUCAGCUCGAGGAGGCUGAUAUCGGACGCGAUCUUUGCCGUCUAACAAAACGAACCGUGGGGCUUUUCUGACGACACCAGUUUGUUAACCCAUAACAAACCAAUCGAGCCACUAUUGCAAUAGAUCAUAGAAGAAAAACUAUACAUAAAA